AUGGAGGACGCACAUAGGAAAAUCGAACUGCAAUCCCGCGACGACCUCGCGUACCUGCUCACCAACGUCCGGCGCGCCGCGCAGGAACAGCUCGACAAUGCGUUUCCGCACAUCGAGGGCAGCAACGCGCAAGAGGACGAGCUGCGGGCGCCUAUUGAGCGUCUGGUCAACGAGUACAUCGACAAAACAUUCACCUACGCAGCCCCAAACCUCUCCAUAAACGGCAUGGAUACCGACCCGUCAACCUUCCUCUCCAACAACACGCCCUCAGACGAACCAGAAGAAGCCUACGAACCCUGGGACGCCCGCCUCCGCCAGCGCGUCGAAGACCUCGCGCGCGAAGAAGAAGACCUCCUCAACGAAAUCGCCGCCCUCAAAAAAUCCGUCCCCGGCGCCAUCGCUACCGCGACGACAAACGAGUUCAAAGCCGCCGCGGCCGCAGACGAGGCCGCUUUCGAGGCUGCGAAGAAGGCGAAAGAGGACGAGGCGAGGGAGAUGGAGGCCGAGGUGCUCCCGCUCGAGGCGAUGGAGAGGAGGGGCGAGGUGAAGGACGCGUUUGGGGGCGCGGUGGGCGGGUUGGGGAGGUUGAAGAAGACGAUGCCUGCUACUGUUGCCAAGAUGGAGAGGGCGAGGGUUGCUGGGGAGUAUACCGUUACGGAACGGUCGUGA